AUGGCUCCCCCGACUCUUUACGACCAUCCAAUGAGCCAUCCAUGUCGUCUGGUGCAUCUGGUGGCUGGUAUCAUCGGCGUAGACCUAAAAGUAGUGGAUGUAAAGGACUCUGGUACUGACAUGAAGUCGACCGAUAUGUUGAAGAAAAUUCCUCAACAUACCAUUCCUGCACUGGAAGACAACGGCCUGUAUCUUGCUGAAAGCCGUGCUAUUGCCAUGUACCUCAUCUCAAAGUACGCGAAGGAUGACUCUCUCUACCCGAAGGAGGUCAAAAAACGUGUUCUUGUCGAUCAGAGGCUGUUUUUUGAUCAAUAUUUGUACAACAGAAUUUUGAAUGUUGUCCGGCCAAAAUUUUAUAGCGAACGGACGGAUCCCAGCAGCAUCGAUAAAGUAAUUGACGGUCUGGAAAUCCUAAACAGAAUGCUGGAUGGCAAACAGUGGCUAGCUGGAGACAAGAUCACACUUGCUGAUUACGCUGUCGCUAAUUCUUUGUCGACAUUAGAUUUUGUUCCAGAAAGUGGAAUUGACCCUACGAAGCAGCCCAACAUCAAGGACUGGCUUCCACGCGUUGAAAGUUCCCACCCAAAAUACGGAGAAAGCCUCAAAGAAUUACGUGAGGGCUUUAAGAAAAUGGCGCAGAAGUAA